AUGGAUGAUCCAUGGCCCGUGCGCAAAGGCGAUGAAGGGCUAACAUUGGAUUGGGGAAAUGUUGGGGCGGCGACGAUUGCGGAGUGGAGGGAGGAGGUGGUCGAGCAAGAAGAUCAUGGGCCGCAAGUAACGUGGACUCAUGAGUGGCAGUUUGCGAGUGAGAGGAACCAAGGCGUACGAUAUCACACCGUUGGCGAGCCAAACACGAUGAUCCCUGCCACUCGAGAACACGACGACUACCCCCCCCUAAACCGCGGCAUCAUCAAAACCUCCCAUAAAUACCUUCGAAAGAACCAAAAAGGCCUCUGGGCACCCCCAGAAACCAUCGACGACGACCUCGCACAAUCAAAUAUCAUCCAAGCCGUCCAAUCACAAUACGAUCCGCUGGCCGGAGAGCUAUUUGCGCUUGGACGUGCACGGCAUGUAAAGGGUAUAAAUCGGUACAAGACGUGUGUGGCAUAUGCGACGGGUCCGGCACGGUGUGAUUUGAAUUUGGCGGCUCUGGCGGAGGUUCCGCAUGUGUUUGAGAAGGAGGUGGAGAGGUCGGGGCUGUCGCUUCUCAUGCCGACGGUAGCGAAUGAUAUGAUGCCGGUGUAUCGCUUCACGUCGCCUAUUAGACAGAUUGUCUUUGCUGGUGAUGGAGUGGAGUAUAAUGAGGCGCCUCCUUACUUGGCAGUACGAUGUCAUGCGACGACUACGAUCUUUCGUGCGGUUUAUAAUCCGGCAACCCAGGAUACGAAGAAUCCGAGUUUUCUGAACAUCGUGCCUUUGUUGGAGAUUACGGCUCGAGAUACGGAUGGUGAGCAGCAUGCCAACGCUUGUUUUAAUCCGGGGUAUGAGAGACAGUUGGCUAUCGCGUCUACUUCCGGAAGUUGGGCUGUGUUCGACAUAGAAAGGAAUUGGAAUAAGAUGACGAAGACAAAGGUAGGUCGAAUACAGCUGGAGAAUGAGCAGGGUACCGGAUGGAAGAAAAUUGUGUGGGGAUCCACGCUAAACGACAUCAUUAUUGCUUCAUCAAGGUCAUGUACUCUGUUCAGCAUCCCUCCAGGAAACGACACAUCGCCAAAGGUCGUCUACGAGAUUCCAACCAAAGACCGGAAAAGAAAAGGCCAGAAAAUCCUCGAUAUCAGCUCCUCCACCCUCUCCACAAAGAAAAACCACAAAUUCAUCGUAACCACAUCCUCCCUCAUCUGGAUCGACAUCGACAAAGAGGGAUCCGCAAUGACACUUCUCUCGUGGAAACACCACCGCGACGGAGACCCGUCACUAAGCAUGGCCGUCUCCUACCUUAACGAGGUCUACACUAUCUGGAUAUACUCCAAAGCGAACCCUUUGGUCACGAACUACCUUUUUACGGAGUCCGAAGACGGCCGACCACGCAGCCUCGACGCCCCCUACGAACUCCUCAAAUCCUCCCUCUCCAGCCCCCGCCUCUUCCUCCAACCCAUCCGAGCCCCCAUCGUCUCGCGCGAACAAGUCGAGACCGAAAUGCCCGACGAGCGGCAAUACCUCGUCUUCUUCUCCAUCUCCGCUAACCUCGCAAUCCACUCCCAACUAGUCUGUACCAAACCCGAUACCGUCCCCCCCGUCCGCGGACAACGCCAAGGCCUCCGUCUCAAAGUCGCGAAAUCAACACGAUUCGUGGAGGACGACUCAGAUGAUGAAGGCAUGGAUUUAGCGGAUGAUGAGGAUAGUGAUGUCGAGGGGGACGUGUUGAGUGAUGAUGGAUUGGAGUACUGGACGGAGAGUACGCGGCGGUAUGAUUUCCGAAAUGUGUAUCAGAAAGUCUUUAAAGACACGAGUGGUCCAGAAGACGCGGUGAGAGCGGUGAGGGAGGUGGUUGACCAAGCGAGGGAAAACGCGAAGAAGGCCACCGAGGGCGACGACGCCGAUACGGGUAUUAAGACCCUCUUUGAACUCGUGCACGAAACGCCAGGCGUGCUGGAGACCGAGACACUGAGCGCACAAUUAGAGACAAUGGUCCACAUUCUCGAAGAAUCCGGAAGCAUCGAUAUCCGCUCCCUCGCUACCCGAACAUACGGGUACCCAAUCCCAGAAGAAAGCGACGAGGACGAUGAACUCGAUCCAUGGUCUGCAGCAGCCCUCCACAAGGGCAUGACAGAAGCCUGGGUCCGUCCCCUCCCUGUCUCGGUCACAGACCCACGGUUCAGGUUAAGACGGGAACGCGAGGCGAGGAAGAUUGCGGGAGAGGUAGCGUUGGCGAGUAUCGGUGUCAAACCACGCGGUGAAGACUACAGGUACGAAAAGAGUCAGAGACAGCGGUGGAGACCGUUGGGGGCAUUGAGACAGUUUACGAAUAUGCGGGGGAAUGUGGAGUUGGGGGAGGAUGCACUGAGGUUGGCACGGGGGUGGGGGAAGAUGUCUGAACACAACGAUGGUGAGAAGAAGAAAGAUACGGUGGAUCUUACGACGCAGGAAGAGGCUCCGCCGCCUGCGACACAAAGCCAGCUACCAAACUUCAACGUCGUUUCUUCCCAAGUUGCGCCGAGCAGCAGUCAACUCGCCCCCGGGGCUUCCCAACAGCCAGCGAAAAACAAAGCUGUCCGAAAACUACAGGCGAGUCAGGGUUUUAGGUCGCCUGCACGGAAAUUCGCUGCGACUCAGAGUCAGGCUGUGGGACAGAGCAUGCCAGGGUUUGGAUCACCUGCUGUUGGUAGGAGUAUGCCUGGUUUCGGAUCACCUGCUGCUGGACGUUCGAUGCCUGGUUUGGGCGCCUCACCAGCUCUCAAUCGCCCAGCACCACCACCCGGGUUCGCCUCCCCCGUAAUUCCACGAACACAAUCACAGAUGGAUUCACCUGCGCGAUCACAGCUCGCAAUGACACAAGUUGAGCCGGGGAGACAUGGAGGGAGAGAGACGAAGAAGAGGAAGGGGAAUAAACCACGUAUGGAGGGUUUCUGA